AUGCAAUGGAUGGAGAUGGCUUCGAUUAUGACGAAUCUACUCUUGAUAAGGGCGGCGUAGCAGGAGGUGGUUAUCUGCUUGGUCUAAUCGCAUUUGCACGUAAAUUCGCACGCAUUAUAAUAACGAUUUCGAUGCUCUUUUGUAUAAUAUUUAUCUCGUUCUACUGUUGUUCCGAACCGAGAGCAACAAUUACCGCUCUGGCGCCACCAAUUACACCUCCGCCAACAUCUAUUGAGGUGCAUUUGCGGACGCAUGCGCAGACACACAGAAGUUGGCCAUCAAAUUGAUGAGUUUCUAAUUUAGAAUAAUAUAUAAUACUAUGUUUUAAUAUGUAUGCACUAACUAUAAAAAAUCGAACACGGCAUUAAAAAUUAUAUAUAGAAAACAUCUACGUACGCCUAAAUAAUUUAUACAAAUAAAUUAACGGUCAAGCCAAUUGCAUAUUAAUACAGUAAACUGGAGCAAACCAUGCACAAAAUUA